AUGUCAAUCAGAAGAAGAAUAUGUUUUCUAGAUAUUGUGCAGGGUGAAGGAAACAUGGCUUUGUUGGCAGUCCAAAACUUGAGAAACACUCAAAUGGUGGCAACAUCCACAGCUUCAAUUGCACUUAUAUGCAGUUUGGCUUUGGCUGCUCUUACGAACAAUGCUUACAAUGCAAACCACAUCUUUGUUAAAACAGCAUUUUUCGGUGAGCAGUCGAGAAAGAUGUUUGCCCUAAAGUAUGGUUUGGCCUAUUUCCCCUUGCUUUUCAGCUUAUUAUGCAGCUCUCUGGCCAUUGGAUUUAUGAUCGAUGCCAUUUUUUUACUAAAUACUUCUACCGAGUUCUCAUCUUCAGACAUUAUACUUCUCCUGUACGAACGAGGUUACUUGUUGGCUCAAAUUGGCAAGAGGUUGCUUUCUAUCUCCUUUGUUUUGUUGUUGUGGUUGUUUGGUCCAGUUCCCGUGGCCUUCUCAUCCGUGGCCUUAGUUUGGUGGCUUAAAGAUUCUGACUUUGUUGGCUAA